CCUUGGACAGGUACCUGCGCUCGGCAUCUUAUAUGCUAAUAAUGCCUUUCGUAUUCAGUCUCGAUGAUGAUGAUGAUGAUGAUGAUGAUCUUCUGGCGUUGUUCGAUAUGCCUACCUAUAUGUUAGACGACCUCCAGCUGUACGCUGACGUGACUCCCAGGGCCUUCUAGAAAUCCCCUAUCUGGAUGAAUCGUGUGGUCUCAUUCUGUCAUCUGAAGAAGUCACUUCUGCCGUGCUCUCUGGAUCGGAAUUAUUGGUUGAAAUCGAGCAUUCUGCCGUCCCUCGAGAACCACUGCAAGGCCACUUAUGAUUCCCAAAUGGAUAUGAUGCUGCUUACCAUGCCCAUGGUUCCGAUAAUCCAGGUCCCCACUACAGUCGGUACCUGCAAUCCCGGGCAACGUGUUCGCCCAGUGCGUACCCUUCGCAGGCCCCUGCGGUCGUUCAAGCAUCGCUGCAAGGCCAUACAUGGUCCCAGCAUGGAUAUCAUGCUGGUCUGCCCAACGCGUAAUACCCCAACGCGGCAUUCUCCCAAGGACAGUUACAGACGGGAUCUAGUGGGAGCACCAAUUUGGAGCCACUUUCUUCUGCACUCGACGGGAUGGCACCUCCUAAGUCUCGCAAGCGCAAAGCUCGCCAUCCCGUUAAAGUCGAGGAUGGUAGUCCGAGUCCGUCUCCCGCGCAAGCCAGAGGACGAAGAGUAUCACCUGGUGUAUCUCUAUCUACGGUAUUGUGUUGUGUAUGGCCGUUACGGAGCUCAAAAAAGGUAUACUACAGAAAGAGAGUAAACAGUGAAGCUCAGGUGGCGCGAGUGGCACGCGAAUUGCUUCCGCG